UCAGAAAAGAGCAAGGCGAUACGGCUCUUGUACAUCCUCUCUCAAGGUACAAUGAUAGGACUACCGCGUGCUCGGUUCGUGGAAUCUAGGUGCGUCCUGCAUUACCCAUUUUCUAUACUCAUUUCCUUCUUUUACACACCAGCAAGUAUACACAAUGUUUGACUGUGAGGAGAAGACUAUCCAGCUGCCCGAUCUCAUAAAGUCGAUCCCUUUCCCCAUCCGCCUAAACCCGUACACCCGAUUCGUGUCCGCCGACUCCGAUGCCUUUAUUUUGGAGUCGUCGAACCUCACGGAAGAAGAGAGAUUCAAGUUCACUGGCUUGAAUGCCGGUCUCCUAUGUGGGAUGGCCUACUCAGAGUGCGGGUUUGAAGAGCUCAGAGCGUGCACGGAUUUUAUGGGCUUCCUUUUCAAUAUUGAUGAUUGGGGCGAAGGAUCCGACUCGGAAGGAACAAAGGGUUUGGCGGAGGUUGUGAUGAACACUCUGCAUUAUCCGGAGACCUUUCGCUCGGAUACUGUUGCUGCUCGGGUGACCAAAUCAUGGUGGAUAAAGUUUCUCGAGACUAUCAGCCCUAAUUCCAAGAAACGCUUCAUCGACGCUAUGCACCUGUACUUCAAGGCCAUCACGCAACAGGUUACCGAUCGUGCAUCGAUGAGGGUUCCGGAGCUAGCGGCCUACAUUCACUUGCGUCGCAAAACCAGUGGAUGCGAGAUGUUCUUCGUCCUCAUUGAGUAUGCUGCCCACAUCGACCUUCCUGACGAGGUCUACGAGCAUCCUCUCAUUCAAGGUCUAAUGGAUAUUACCAACGACAGCAUCAGCUGGGUUAAUGAUAUCUUCUCAUAUAGUCGCGAAUGCUCGCUCGGAGAUCCGCACAACAUCGUGUGUGUGCUAAUGAAGGCCUUUGAUCUGGAGCAACAAGCUGCCAUCGACUAUGCUGCAGAUAUGGUGACCAAGACUAUCGAGCGCUUCCUUGAGAUCAAAGCAAUAUUGCCUUCUUGGGGUCCUGAAGUUGAUGCACAGGUGGAGGUGUAUGUGCAGGGUCUGGGAGACUGGAUUAUAGCCAAUGCAGAGUGGAGUUUUAUGACCGAGAGAUAUUUCGGAAAGAACGCUUCUCGGGUCAGGAAGAGCUUGCAGGUCAAACUCCCGCCUGUUGUGUCGUUGAAGUAGGUGUCAUACACCGCACAUUGAUGCGCGGUCGAUUCAAUACUGGAAUGUCUAUAUGCUGCCUUUUUGCGCUAUUCUGUAUAGUUUUAACGCUUGUCGACGAAUUUUGAGCUAGUAAUAUUAUCUGU